GCUGACCAAUGAGCGGUGAGAAGAGGAGAGCGCUCUUGUUUGCUCACCCCCGGGUCUGGAGCGAGGUCUGUAGUGUCCCUGUGUUGUCGGAGGAGUGCACCCCUGGGUCUCCAUGGCGGUCACCAAGCAGCUCUGGAUCCGGAUCAUUUACGCCACUGUGGGCACCGUAUUUGGUGUGUCGGCUUUCCUGGCAUGGAAUGUGGCCUUUGGACAGCCCUGGACUGCGGCCAUGGGGGGCCUGUCAGGUGUUUUGGCCCUGUGGGCUCUCAUCACACACAUCAUGUAUGUCCAGGACUUCUGGAGAACAUGGCUGAAGGGACUGCGCUUCUUCCUCUGUAUUGGGAUUUUCUUCUUUACCCUGGCUGUCAUAGCAUUCAUCACAUUUCUUGCUUUAGCCAUAUCUAAUCAUCAGUCUUUCACUGAUCCAAAGAGUUUCUACUUGUCUUGUGUAUGGAGUUUCAUGUCCAUGAAGUGGUCCUUCCUGCUGGGCCUCUACUCAUUCCGCUACAGGAAAGAGUUUGCUGACAUCAGCAUCCUCAGUGACUUCUGAUCUGACCCACUAAUCUCUAGUGACUGAAAGUGGAUUUUUUUUAUUGCCUUUGAUUAUAUAACAAGCUCCAUGACAUCUGCUCAGCUAUUCCACAGUGACUUCUGAAGGAGCCUUAGUGGAGAUGAACAAUGCUUUCACAUUUUAUUUUGGUUUCCACAUCUGCUUCCUCCAUGACAUGUCAUUUUUUUAUAUAUAUUACUGGUUUUUCUUUCUUUUCUUUUUCCCCCCUAUUUUACGAAUUAACCUCUUCUGGUUAUGAAAUGUACAAUUAUUUAAUAGCGUUAGCAGAGCGGACAGAGCUCAUCAGCACAGUCACUUUAUCGCGGCUCUGCCCAAACGGAAAUGGAUUGAUCAGGCCUAGCGAUUCCACGGAGCGGAACGUGUCUUCAUGAAGAUGUCUUGUCUGUAGUUAGUUACAUCACAGUGCAAGCAUUUUACUUUUCUUUUAAGCAUAUUCAGCUUUCUAGAGUUUCUGUGUCCGCGUGUAACAAAAAAAAAAAAAAAGGAUAUUUUUGGAGUUUGUCCUCCAAAGUUAAAAAAAAUAAAUAAAAAUAAAAUAAAAGAUUUUAAUUAGAUGGGUUGUAAAGGGCAGUUGCAGCCAACAUGGACAUCAGCAUUUUAGUGUAUAACACUUGUGGAGGUUAUGAUAUUUCUCACUAUGAAUGUUGGUUAUUUCAAUGUGUAAUACAUCGGUGUAUCAUUCAGAGAUUAAUCUGUUUUGAAAACUGGAUUUUUUUUUUUUUUUAUAAAACAACUUUUAACGGCUAA